AUGGCAGAAACAGAUUCUACUGACGCUACAGAUUCGACCGGAAGUAGAAAUCUAAUAGUUGACUCAGCUUCAUUUGAGGAACAAUUUUUACGAUGUCAGGUGUGUCGAGAGAAGUACGACCGUGAAGCAAGACCCCCAAAAUCCUUACCAUGCAACCACACAUUCUGUCAACCCUGCUUAAAGCAAGUUUUUGAUCACGGACAACCAGCAUCUAGGCGAGAACGACCACUAUGGGCAGGCGAAAAUCGUGAAGGAACGCUCAAAUGUCCAACGUGUCGUGUCGAGAUUUAUCUUAGCAGAAGUGAAAUUAAGAAAUUGCCAAGCGACCAUCGGGUGAUUCAAAUGAUUGACUUUAUGGCUCAAGCUAUAACCAAAACACAGAACUCAUGUUCAAAACACGAACGCCAACCGAUAAACUUCUUCUGUAGAACAUGUCUUCUUCCGGUCUGCCGUGACUGUACAGUGUUAGACCACAAGGAACAGCAGGGUCACGUAAUUGUUGACGUGACGGAUGCUUUGAACGAAACAUCCGAGGAGUUUACAGCGCUAGAAAAUAAAAGCCGAGAACUUUUGGAUAAAAUGAAGCAACGAUCAGAUAGCUUAGCUAAUGGUUCAAAGUGGCUUGACAUUUUCGAGAGGAAAAUUAAAGGUGAAAUUAAGGACACUUUUAUUGAAUAUCGAUUGCUUUUGGAGCGAAGACAGGACUCCCAGGUUGACAUCUUGAAGAAAUUCAUCAAGGAACAGAAGGAGUCAAUGAGGAAGCGGUUUGAUGAUUUAAAUGAUAAGGGGACGGAGCUCCAGAAGCUUUACGACACCUUCAAACAUGCCAGGUCGACUAAUGAUGUGCGUCAGCUGUUCACAAUAAACCAGAAUAUCCAAGAACAGGAGGAAAACUUCAAGAAAGAAGCAGAAACCAGUGAUGAAGAUUUGUAUGUCUCCUACAAAUUUGAAGUUGAAAACGAAGGGUCUUUUCUAGCCGAGAUGAGUGGACUAGGAGAAGUGAUAUCCAAAAAGGAUAAGACAAUAUCUGAACCUGUUCCACGUCAUCAACUGAUGCUCUUCGACAUGGAAGAGCAGCAGGAUGAGGAACGAAGAAAUCUUAGUCAGGUGCCCAUAGAUUGUGACUUUCUCAGUUCCCCAACUGGUGAAAUGCCUUCUGGGUUUUCCGGAGUCUCAGAUCUAAACGAUGAGGACGAUGAAGAGGACAUGUCGAUUUAUCCAAUGAUGGACGCAAGAAGACUCACACGUCUGAUCGAAACAGAGUAUCCACAAUUUAACGAUGGUGAUUCUUCAGACAAUAGUCCAACACGUUCCAGAGAUCGUCAUGCCGGGCAAUAUGGGUAUCGGGCGAUCUUAACACCAGAUAACGAAGAAACAGCACAACGUCCAUUGCGUGGUCGAAGCCGGAGAUCCGGUAGUGGUUCUACUUUGUCACAAGGACUUCUAACGCCAGAACCCCCCAGAGGGACUAAUAGAUCGGGACAAUCUAACGGUAGUCGAAGCUCCAGUGGUGGUAGUGGAACUGGUAGCUCGAGAGCCCGACAUUCUAAUGCUACUACCACAGCUGAUCUAACUGCGCGGAUACAAAAUCUUCUACAGGCUAGUCGAAAUGCACAAGAAGAAACUUCAUGA